AUGGCGUUCCGUGCUCCUUUGCGACUUCAAUUGACCAAGUGUCAGCCGCUGCUGGCCGUCUCUUCUCGUUUCCACGCCCGUGCGCUGUCUUCUGCGACAGCCGCUGCCUCCAGUCUUCCCGAGGACGUCAAGACCAACAUCAACAAGGAAGCCUCCGUACCGAACCCCGAUCCCACCGAAGACUCCCCGAGCGCUACUCUCGUUCGCGAACAUGCGCCUUACAUGGUGGCCACCUAUGCCCGCCCGCCGCCGGUAUUCGUGAAGGGCCAAGGCUCUCUUCUCUGGGAUAUCGAGAACAGGCAAUACCUCGACUUCACCGCUGGUAUCGCCGUCAACGCCUUGGGCCACUGCGAUACCGAGAUCACGAAGCUCAUGACCGAGCAGGGUAGCACUCUCAUGCAUGCGUCGAACUUGUACUACAACCCCUGGACCGGCGCCCUCUCCAAGCUCCUGGUCGAGAAGACCCUCGAGGCCGGCGCCAUGCACGACGCCAACUCGGUCUUCAUCUGCAACUCCGGCUCCGAGGCCAACGAGGCCGCCAUCAAGUUCGCCCGCAAGGCGGCCAAGGUCAGCCAACCCUCGGGCGACAAGUUCGAAGUCGUCUCUUUCAACAAUGCCUUCCACGGCCGUACCAUGGGCAGCUUGUCUGCCACGCAUAACCCCAAGUACCAGGAGCCCUUUGCGCCGAUGCUGCCCGGUUUUAAGCUCGGCAAGUUCAACGACAUCUCCGCCAUCAACGAGACCGUCACCGAGAAGACCUGCGGAGUCAUCGUCGAGCCGAUCCAGGGCGAGGGCGGAGUCACCCCUGCCACCGACGAGUUCCUGAUUGCUCUGGCCAAGCGCUGCCGCGAGGUCGGCGCCGUCUUGAUCUACGACGAGAUUCAGUGCGGUCUCUCCCGCACCGGUACCUUCUGGGCGCACACCCACCUGCCCAAGGAGGCCCACCCCGACAUCAUCACCACCGCCAAGGCUCUCGGCAACGGCUUCCCUAUCGGCGCUACCAUCGUCAACCAGAACGUCUCCGAGAAGAUCAAGGUCGGCGAUCACGGCACCACCUUCGGCGGUAACCCCCUUGCUUGCCGCCUGGCCCACAACAUCGUCUCCCGUCUUGCCGACCCCGGCCUGCAGAAGGCCGUCUCCGCUAAGGCCGCCACCUUCAAGACCCGCUUCGAUUCUCUUCGCCAGCGCUUCCCGGAUCUCAUCAAGGAGGUCCGCGGUCGCGGUCUCAUCCUGGGUCUCCAGCUCACCCAGGAUCCUACCCCGAUCGUCAAGGCGGCCCGCGAGCGCGGUCUCCUGAUCAUCACUGCCGGCACCAACACCCUGCGUUUCGUCCCUCCUCUGACCAUCACCGAGCAGGAGAUCCAGCAGGGUCUGGACAUCCUCGAGGAGGCUAUUGCUGUCACCCGCUCAUGA